AUGAAACAGUGGGAGCUGGAGCAGAGUAUGGCAAAUACCUUUGUAACUGUAUCUGAUGGGUACUGUCUUGCUGAACCCAUUCAAUAUUAUGAUGUUUUGCCAGAGCACAUCAAUUAUCAGCUGCAAGACUCAGACUUUCAGGCUACUCCUUACUGCCAGUAUUCAACUGUUCAGUUUCCUCCAAUGUUACAGUCACAACCUUCCCAGUCACAAUACAACACAUACAGCCUGGAUUCUCAGUACAGUGAUGGGCAGUACAUAAUCAGUAAUUGUGAAUUAAACAAGCCCCCCUGCAUGGUUGCCCAUAAUGAUGAUGAUGGAUAUCAUGGACUAAAAAGGCCAAGACUAAGUCAUUCCUCCUUGCGAAUGAAGGGUCAGGAAGAGCUCUGUGUUGUAUGUGGGGACAAAGCCUCAGGAUACCACUACAAUGCGCUCACUUGUGAAGGCUGUAAAGGAUUCUUUCGACGUAGUAUUACCAAAAAUGCAAUAUAUAGAUGCAAGAAUGGUGGCCACUGUGAAAUGGACAUGUACAUGCGGAGGAAGUGUCAGGAGUGUCGCCUGAAGAAGUGUAAGGCUGUGGGAAUGUUGGCAGAGUGUUUGCUGACUGAAGUCCAGUGUAAAUCAAAACGACUCCGAAAGAAUUUCAAGCAGAAGAGCAGUUUCCUUUGUAGCAUCAAGGUGGAAGAUGAGGGAGUAAACAGCAAGCAUGUUUCAUCCACAACUAGACCUGGAAAAAUCCAAGAGAGGAUGGAACUAACUCCAGUGGAACAUCAACUUAUUGAUCACAUUGUGGCAGCCCAUCAAAAAUAUACAAUUCCCCUAGAGGAAGCAAAGAAGUUUCUGCAGGAAACUGCAAACCCUGAAGAGAGUUUUCUGCGGCUCUCAGAGACAGCAGUUGUUCAUGUGCAAGUACUAGUGGAUUUCACAAAGAGACUCCCAGGAUUUGAAAGUUUAGCCAAUGAUGACCAGAUUGCAUUGUUAAAAGGUUCAACGGUGGAAGCAAUGUUUUUGCGUUCGGCCCAGAUAUAUAAUCAAAGAGCUAAUGAAUGCCAGUCAUCAGUGAGUGAAAGUCAUGUAAGAUUUUCUGAUCAUGCUGUGUAUUGUCAUGUUCAAGACAUUGAUAAAAGCACUAUUUAUUCCAUGGAAAUAUCUCACAGUGAAGAGAGUCCAACUUCCACAACUACCACAGGUAUCACUGAGGAGUUUAUCACUGCGCUAUUUUACUUCUACAGAAGCAUGGGAGAACUUAAUGUGACUGAGACGGAAUAUGCCCUACUUGUAGCAACUAUUAUAUUUUUUUCAGAUCGCCCACUCCUAAAAAACAAACAACACGUGGAAAAACUCCAAGAACCCCUUUUAGGUAUUUUGUACAAAUAUUCAAAAAUUUAUCAUCCAGAAGAUCCACAGCAUUUUGCACGCCUCAUAGGGAGGCUUACCGAACUCAGGACCCUCAAUCACAACCAUUCAGAAGUGCUAGUAACUUGGAGGACAAAAGACCCCAAACUGACCUCUUUACUCUGUGAAAUUUGGGAUUUGCAUUGA